AUGUCGGUCACUCAGCGGUCCAAGAAAGCCCGAUUGACUCAUCAGCAGAUGGCGAUAUCUUCGAUGUUCCAGCCUGGUAUGAAUCCUAUGGCCAUGAUGAAUCCGAUGGCGAUGAUGAAUCCCGCCAUGGCGGCCAUGUUUCAGCAGAUGUCAAACCCCUCAGCCCCAUCUGGAUUGACGAUCAAUCUGCCAGCUCACACAGAUGAUGCUCUCGUCGAAGGAGGAGAAGAGCAAGGUGAAGAUGGCGGUGAGGAUGAGGAACAUGGGGAAGAUGUGCAUCAGGCCGUUUUGACAAAUGAGAGUCAGAGGGCAGCAGUGACUCCAAAGAAGUCAGCGCCACCAGUGAGACCAAUGUCGUCAAACCCGACAGCAGGACCCUUUCCACAGUCUCAGACAAAGGAGCCUCAGGAGGAGACUUCUGAUGUCAUCAAUGAAGCAGUGUCCCGGGUCAUGGCCACCAGGAACGCGCUUUUCAAGGCUACAAAGGGAGAGAUGCCGAUCCCGCGGAGCAUCAAGUACUUAGGUGCAAUGCCGAAGGUGAGGCUAUCUCAGGCCAUUGAGGCAUGCGACCCUGACCUGAAUGCCACAGCCACAUCAAGUCUGACUGAAGACGGGUUGCGACGAGUUCUUUGGUGUUUGACAAGGCAACGACCACUUGUGCCGAUGAGUGGUCUUCAGGUGACACUCUACAACGAACUGUUCGCCAGAUUGCUUGUCCGUCAUCAGCAACUUGUGCGUCGGACCGUGAAUUCCCAGUCGGACUCACUUGUUGACUCACUUGUUGGACGACAAUGCAAGGAUCUGAAGAAUGAAACUGAAUUGGUUGACAGUCUUGUCAAGCAGCUCACUGACUCUUGGGGUUUUGAUCAGGGGUGGCUUGAUGAACUCCAUGCGAUUCUGAAGAGACAUGCAGAAGCCAAGACAAAAUCCAGGGCAAAGGCAAUCGGAGCACCUGCUGCAAUGCCUGAACUUUUGCAGGCCAGACCAUUGAUGCAGGCAUUUGCCAAGGCUGGGGCACCUGCACCUCGUGCUGGAGUGCUGAGGCCUUCAGUGACUUCAGAUCCACCAUCAGUGCCUGAUGAUGCCGCAGUGACUGCUGAUGCCAGCCAGCAUGUGGAGAGUCGUCAUGUGGAGAAUCAGUCUGUGUCAGUGCCUGAGCCUGGAGAAGCCUUCGAAGCCGGUGAGGAUCUAGGCCAUGUUGAUCAGCCAGAAGACAGUGAUUUGCCUCAGUGCUGCAUUUGCCAGAAGAUCAUGAAUCACCGCACUGAAGAGCUGAUGGCGCUGGAGUGCUCCCAUGUCUUCCAUGUUGCUUGCAUCACUGAGUGUUGGACGAAACUCGGCAAGCCACGGUGGUGCCCAUACAAGUGCACGGAGAACGUAAGCAAUGUAGAGGACGAUGACUGGGCCAUGGGCAAUAAUGACGAUUCAGCAGUUGGCGCAUGGGUGACGCGCGGCUACAUGACGAAGGAGGAGGCCAUGAACACCAACAGCUACACUGAGCAGGACUGGGAUAACACCCACUUGUUGACAGACCCGCUGUCACUUUCGCAUAUUCUUGGGGCAGAUGCUUCGUUGGACCACCCGAGCUUGUGCAGAAUGAUGGAAGAGUCGGAGACACUGCGCAUGAGGUAUGUCUGGGUGCUGACUGCAGUUGGGCAGCCUCGUGGUGGCCAAUCUGGAUACAUUCCAGAGAGUCUUGCCUUUGUUCUGGAGAAGCGGCUCUGCACCUACUUGUCCAACUUUGCAAGUCUUUCAGCUGAGAAGCAGCAAGCAUUGCCCACCAGAACAACCAUUGUGUGGAACUGCAAGCGACAAUCUGAAGCAGACAUGCGGACCUUCAAGAAAAACACGAUGCCGAAUCCAGAUGGAAGUGGACGUCGAUCGUUUGUGCCAAACAUUGGUGCAAUCCGGGGCAGCAAGGCCUUGUCGCUCUUGCACUUUGACAUGGACAAGAUGGAGCUCGAGCUUCCUGAGGAGGAUGCUCCGCGCUACUUGUCCAUCUUCAAAUUUUUGCCAGGAGAUGUCAAUGAUUUGCAUCCCAUGAACAUGGAAGAGCUCAAACGCCACCCUCCAAAUGCGGAAGAUCAGCAAGAAGAUGAUGAUGAAGAAGAGAAUGAACCAGAUGAUGCGCAGGACGCAGCCAUGGAUCAGGAUUCCGGUGAAGAAUUCCAGGCCCAUGAAUCUGAGGAUGAUUUGCUGGAGGAGGAUGAAGAGGCGAUCCUUCCCAUGGUUCCAGCUGAGGCAGUUGCAGCUUCUCAGACAGUUGCAGCUCUUGAGACAGUUGCAGCUCCUGAGACAGUUGCAGAGGCAGUUGCAGCUCCUGAGACAGUUGCAGCUCCGGAUCAGAUGGUGCAAGCUGAUCCUGUUCCUGCGGCUGCCUCACUCGUAGGCAUGUGCAAUACUGACCCGGAAAUUCGAUCUUUGCUGAAGUCUGGAAGAAUUCAGCACCGCCAAUCAAAAGAUAUUGAGAAAAAAGCCUCCGGUUUUCAAGCAUCCUAUGGCUUGACUGGGAGGUAUGCCACGAGAGAAAAGGCAUUGCAGGCAGCCAUCACUUUCUGCAAUGCCAAUGCUUGA